ACAAAGAUACCGAUGGUAGUGGCGCAGCUGUCGUUGAAUACUUGCACAAGAAAACGCGCUAAUACACUUAGAUAAACUCACUCACUCAUCCACUGAAAGCAAACAAAUCGAAGUUUGACAAAUACUUUCAGUCGUUCCAAUCAUUUGAAAUUUAUGCGUUUUAAUUUUAUUAUUGUGUGGUUCGGUGUUUUUGUGGACAAAUAUUUGAAAUUCCAAUGAAUUAUUGCGACAUGAACGGAUUGUGUAUGAACAAAUUGUGAAACAAUUCGAUAAAAUAAUGGUGAAAACAAUAUUAAUCGAUCUAUUUGGUGUAUUUUGAGGAAAACCAUUUGAAAAAAUACCGUUUACUGUAUACGACAACAAUAUGUCGAUUGAUAUUUCUUCGGACACUUUACGAAAAUUAGAACACCAAAUCCCAGAGAUACGCGCACGUGCAAUCGAAAAUGUCCAGUCAAAAUUCCAAAGUUGUCGCACCGACUUGCAGGAGCUUGCCGUCGACGUGAAUGAUUUGGUUAAACGCCUACUGAAAUGGUUCGAUUAUCAACCGGUGACCAAUGUUAAGCAAAUUUUUGACAUUUUACUUGCACUUCUUAAGAGUAAGUAUCAAUCUGAUGCUGUACGUAUAUUGAGCAAAUAUGGAAAGCGUGGUGAUCUCAAUCGAAUCAGAGUAUUUGCUACUGAUCCGAUCAGUAAGAGCUAUUAUGACGAAAUUAUUCAAAUAUUAAACGCCCAUAAGCUGGAAUAUCCAAAGCAAACGAGAGCUGAAGUCAACAAUGACAAUUGUGAAACACCAAAAACUCCAGACAUCGGUGCAACAUGGAAAUUUAAAGACAUUAAUGAAAAUAGGUGUAGUGCCGAUGGAUUACGAUUUGAAAUGGCAUGGGAAGUCGCGGGUCAAAGGGAAUUACAAGAGCUAUCAUCAUUGAAAUCAUCAUUGUCUAUCAAAAGCAAUCAGAAUGAACUUGAUCAUGCGUUACAGUAUUUUCAGCAUCGCAUCAAAGAUUUUCCCGGCGAAUUCUUCCUUCAAUCACCAUUUGUGUUCAUGGGUCUCCUGCAAUUGAUUGAAUGCGAAAGAGAGAAUUUUGAUUACACGUCGGCGCUAACGUGUUGCCUGAAGUUGACACAAAAUUUGACACGACGCAUUACCAUGCGAAGAGUUUCGUCCUUAUAUGUCGCUAAGCGAGAGCAUACAACCAAACAGCAAGUCACAAUUGGAUCCUAUUGCUACAAAACAUUCGAUGCGGUCUUGGAUUUUUUGCGGAAUAUUUAUGCUGAUUCCGAUUUGGCGAGUGUGAAUGAAUGUUUCCUAAUUUUGAUUGAGAUUGUUGAAUUGGUUUGCAAAACGGCUGGCUCAUAUUCACCCGAAGUAGCCGUUGAAUAUCAUUUCGAUGAGAUCAUAUCGAAAUUGGCGGAUUUUUUGCGCUUCAUACGAGAGAUGACAUCAAACUAUGGCCGAAAUGGCCAUAAAACCAAUCGCAACAACUCCAUUUCGAUUAUAUUUCUGCUUUGUCAACUGUUGAUCUUCAAAGAAAGUCGAAACAGUAUCGAAGAGGAAAAAAUUCCAAUGUCACCAGUUCACAAUGAAUCAACGCUUGAUUUAGAUAUUAGCCAACGAAUUCGGCGGUUCUCUUUGAAAGAUGCACGUAAAAUGCUGGACGAUUUUGAUCACGACACAGUGUCGAAUGCAACACUUGACAAUCAUACAGCGUCCGAGUCAACGAUCACUGGCAACUAUAUCACUGCAAUGGAUAAUAUCGAUGAUGCCAUGUGCAGAAGGGAACUCGAAAUAGCUCUGUUGGAUUUCCCAUUAAAACAUUUCUACCCACAAGUGAACGAAUUGAUUGUUCAUGCAUUGAAG